CUGGGCUUUCAUAAAUCCUUAGUUUCCCGAUCAAUUUUCCGAUCGAAUUCAGACCGAAUCCAACGACUCUGUUGACCCAGGUUUGCUUUGACUUUAUGAUCUGUUGUUUCCUCUGAUUCAAUUCAGUUUCCAAUUUAAAAGAGGGGUUAGGGUUUUUGUUUGGAUAAUAUAAAAAUCGAAACUUGAUUCUCCAUAAUUGUGUAUUUAUCGUAAUUGUUUUGAUUAUGGUGAAAUCGGAACUCGAGAAGAGCAGAGGAGGUCGGGGAUUGCAUGUUCGCGGGACGGAGAGAGUUGUUUUCCGGCCACCGGCGAAGAAAUUAGGAUUUGACGGAGGUGUUGAGAGCUUCAAAAGUAGCUAUGGCUGUGAAAUAAGAGAUUACAGAGAUGGUGGUGGUGGUAGGAGUAGGGUGAGGCGGAGAGGUGAAGAAGAGGGAUAUAGUGGUGGUGGUGGUUAUGGAGGGAAGAGAAGCGGAUGUGGAGGUUUGAAGACGGAGCCGCAUUCGGUUGUUUCUGAAUGGGAUUGUAGUUCUUACUCUCCGGUGAAGAUACGUGCUUCUGGAGAGGUGGUGAGGUCUUUGGAUUCGAGAGGAGGGAGGAGUGAGAUUAGUGAGAGCAUGGUUUUGGAGAUGGAGUAUGAGUGUGACCACGCAUGGUAUGAUAGAGAAUAA